AUGUUCAUGUCUAGGAUCCUUCGGCUGUACUUAGGCUAUACUACAAUUCCAUGUAGAAGGAGUACAGCGCGAUUUGGUGAUGCUGGUGUUGCUGGAGUUGCUGGAGUUGCUGGAGUUGCUGGUGAUGCUGGAGUUGCUGGUAGUGCGCAACACCGUAUUGGUAGUGCGCAACACCGUAUUGGUAGUGCGCAGCACCGUAAUGGUAGUGCACAACACCGUAUUGGUGAGGCGCAACAUCAAAACGCCUACUAUAGCCGUGACGGGACCAUGAUGAGUAAGUGA